AUGUAUGUGCGACUAAACCGCAUGGGCCACGGGGCGCUGCAAACCAGAAAACGGGGACAGCCCACAGAAACAAUGCCCUCGUGGGAAGGCAUUGGUCGGGUUAUCCAGAAGGAUGCAGACAAGCAAGACACGAUCCACAACCAAGCGCUCGUACGACUCACCUCUACCCCUGUCGGCGCCAGUGAGGUCCUAGUACAGGUGUGGCAAAAGGACCUUCCUGAACUAUACUCGUCCCUUAAAGAACUGCGUACUGCGACUAUAGGCUUCAUCACAGCAGCGUACGUGAGUGAGCUAAAGGGAAGGAUACUUCAAGCAUUCGACACGAACGGGCCCAUGCUCUUGCUUGAUAACAUCACGUGA